CCGCUCGCGGACGCCGUGCGGUGCACUUGCUCGUGUGGCAGCGGGGCGAACUUCUUUCAAUAACAAAGGGCUCGGGCUCUUUUCCGUCGUACCUCCUCGUACAGUGGUGUAACGCGUGUUUAUCCCGUGUUUUUUAGUUGCAGGCAUAGAAAAAAUAAAUCGCAUGUGCAGUCGAGAAAGAAAAACGAGAGAAAUAAAAUAAAAAAGGAGAACGUAUGCAGAUUGGGUGAUAUACGUUCGUACAUGACAGGCUCGAGAACGAAAACAGCGCGGUUAUGAGCGGCACAACGAGCCCCUCGGCCAAGUCCACCACCCCUGGCACUCCGCUGCAAACAAAACUCUUGAUCUAUCUCGUGUUGUCGCAGUUCGUAGCACAGUUCGUUACCUUCGUAUAUCUGUACGCGUACGUGACAAAAUUGGAGUUUCAUAUUCGAGCUUUCGAAGCGGAGAUGCGCAACGAUUCAAACAGUUUCGACGUUACGAUGACACGUCGAAAGCGUAGCAGUGCGGUUCCCGCUGCUGAGGACAACUCGGUCCCGGACAUGUUCAGGAUCGGUGACGUGAAAGAGUUGCUGAAAGAUACGAAGAAAUUGGCGGCGUCGCCAGACGAUGCGUCUUCGGGCGAUACUUCGGCUCCCGCCGUCCCCAACGGGGACGCUGCCAGCUGGGUUUGGUUGACAGCUGACACGCGUGUUCCGGUCGACGCGAUGGACACUUUGUGCCGAAAGUCAGCGGAGUUGUGUCCCCCCGGACUGCCCGGAGUUCCGGGACCCCAAGGCAUGAGAGGUGAUCGUGGAUUGCCAGGAAUCGCCGGACCGGUCGGGCCGGAAGGUCCACCCGGUUUGCCGGGCUAUCGAGGCGAGAGAGGUCCCAAGGGAGACUCUGGAAAACCGGGACUCGACGGAAGAGAUGGCAUCCCCGGCGAACCCGGACUCGACGGCGUCCCCGGACGCAGCGGACUCGACGGCCUUCCGGGCUUGGACGGCAAACCUGGUGUCGACGGAACCCCAGGAAUACCAGGAAGAAACGGCACCGACGGAAAACGAGGACAAAAAGGGUCCGCAGGUCCUAGCGGUCCGCCGGGGCCACAGGGGUCCAUGGGACGUACCGGAAGCCCAGGGAUUCCAGGUCGAGACGGGAAGCCCGGAUUGCCUGGUAUAGUGGCCUGGAAGUUGAAGAGUAAUGAAACAAAAGCCAGCGAAUUACUCAUCGCCCCGUCGAUCUUAGGUGAUGGCAACUCGGUCGGUUUAGUUUCGGUCGCCGAAGGUGCUAAUGUACGUUUGAGAUGCGUUGUCAGUGGAAAUCCUCAGCCCACGGUAUCGUGGUCGAAAAUCACUGGUUUCGCGAUGCCCGCGGGAGCUUGGCACGCGUCCUCCGUAAUUGGCCACACGCUCAACAUCACGGCGGUUAAUCGAGAACACAUGGGCGAAUAUAUCUGUAUCGCUGACAACGGAGUCACUCCACGAGCCAGUUACAAGACCAACCUCGAAGUACACUUCGCUCCUUUCAUACGAAUUCGUCAGCAAAAAAUACGAGCACAAAAUCAUGGAAGCGCCGUACUCGAGUGCGAGGUCGAAGCAUUUCCCGAACCCGUGACGUGGUGGGAACGCGGCGACGGUCGACUCAUCCAAUCCUCCUCGGAAUAUCGUAUGGAUAUAUUCGACAAGAGGGACAUUUACAAGUUGAAAAUGCGUCUCAACAUAACGAGAAUGAGUCCCUCGGAUUUUGGAAUGUACCACUGCAAUGCCAAGAACGUUAUCGACAUGGCCAAGGGAACUCUGUACGUCGAAGAUAGCAAAAGAAAAAUAAAUGCUGCCAAUUACGGAUCUCAGUACGAAGUCACUUACGGUGCGCGGGCUCCACCCAAAGUCGAUUACGAGGAACUUUGUCCACGACAACAAAAUUGCGAUGACUGUCCUCAUAUAAAGUGCGGAUUCUCCGACUACGGUGGACGAUUCGAUGUCAAACCUCUUUAUUUCCCAAACGUCACUUACACUGGCUUACCGCCUCGUCUCGCAGAGGGGGUGUUGGAAGCUGUUGGCAAACCAGUAUUCAAAGGGUCCAUGGAAGAUCCUCACGGUUGUUGGAUGUACGAUUCUUCACCGCGCCCCUCCGAAGUGCCGAAUGAGAAACUUUGGGUCACGCGACAAGACAACACUUCGUACAUUUUCGAGUACAAAAAUCGUAACGAAUUCAAAACUGGUUCUCCUCGCAGAAUACAAUUGCAAAAACCAUUCAAGGGCAACGCACACGUCGUUUACAACGGAUCUUUUUUCUACAAUCCUGAAAAUAACAACAGCGUUAUACGCUUUGAUCUGCAGUCUGGUCGAGCCGAGGCCGAACUUGCUUUGCCCGGUUUGGCAGUCAACACCAAAAAUUAUCUUUAUUCAAUCGAUCACAAUUACAGCUACGUAGAUUUCGAUGUCGAUGAAAACGGUCUCUGGGUUAUUUACGGAUUAGCAUCGAAUUACACGGUUGUGAUGAAAAUCGACGCAGUUUCCAUGAAAGCUCAACAGGCCUGGAACAUAAGCAUUGACAAUCACAAAUUUGGAGAAAUGUUCAUCGCCUGCGGUGUAUUGUACGCCGUUCACAAUGUCACCGACACUGAAAUGAAAAUACGCCUCGCUUUGGAUUUAUACAAGAGCACGAGUCUCGACGUUAAUUUGUCAUUUGCGAAUCCUUAUCGUAAAACAACGAUGGUACGGUACAGCCACAAAACGAAGGAGCUAUACACUUGGGACAGAGGAAGUUUGUUAGCUUAUCCCGUCAGAUAUCAAAACAUUGGUUACAACACGUCACAUACACUGGAAAUGGCUCAGUCUCCAACCUGAACGGACUGUUAAGGACGUUUGUUUUUCAACAAAUUUCAGGAAAAACAUGAAAAUAUUUAUAUAUACAUAUUAUAUAUGAAGGGAUCGAGUGAAAGUGAGGAUUUUUAUUGAAAAUUUUACCAAUGUUUUUUCAAAGCGUAAUUCCAAAAGUAAUCGGACCUUUCGAGGCUCUUGGUAUCAUCGUCAUGAGUGACACAUUAAAUUUUAAGUUCGUCAUCGUUUCCAUCGAAAUGUGCAAUAACUUUACGUGAACGAGGUAAAAAGAAAACCGGUGGAGAAAGUCGAUCGAGAACGAAGUUACGACAUCGGAUUACUUGUGAUUUUACACAGUAAUAAAGUUUUCUUAUCCUA